CAUUCUUCGCCUUACUGGUUUUUUGACCACAGCCAAGAUACUUCUUACUGAGCCUCAGUUUCCUUAUCUGUAAGGCUGGGAUGAUGUAAGAGCAUCAGUGUCAUAGGGCUAUGUUGAAGAGUAGGUAAGGUAAGCUGUGUCAGCACCGCAGGCCUGUGCCUGGUACAGAAUGAUAGCUCGAUGAAUAUUUGCUGUUAGUGUUUUAGGAUAGUUUCUUGAGAGACUUAAGCAUACUUAUGAGCGACGUCUAAUGGGAAAAAGCUGGCAUAGAGAGAGAGUUUGGACAUACGUGAGAAGAGAGUGUUAGGGGAAGGUCCUGGAUUGAAGAUUCUGCAAGGGUGCUUUGAGGUCGAGAGCAGACACUGGGGACUGUUUUCAGUAGGAGAGGGGGCCUGUGGAGGUGGUGGUGGGAGAUCCUCGUUGUGGUUGUCUACUGGGAAGGACACUUAAUGAAGACAAAAGUGUCCACUUGGAAGGAAGGCUCUUGUGGAGAACGGGAUAUCAGGGCACACGAAAGAAUUGAUGAACAGUGCUGAGACCAUGAAUUUAUAGUGACCCCAGCCUGUGUGUUUUUAUGAUUUUGCCUGGCUGUGCAGAGGUCGGCAGAAUGACAAGAUGUAAAAGUAAGAUGAGUCUAGUUACAAGGGUUUGCAAGGCAGAUGCCUGAAACGAAUAAAGAGGCUGGGGACUUGGGUGCAGGGACAGAGAAAGGCAAGCUGUUGAGUCUGGCUCGGCGGGGGGAGGUGCACACAGUCUUAGAGAAAGUGGAGGGCAGUGGUCUGUGUGGCUCCACACUCAUGGGGCACGUGAUCUCUUUGAUAGUUCUUCCUUACGAUUCCUAACUCUAAUUCCUUGUGUUGGUAAGUGAAAUACUAAGACCAGUUGCAAAAGGGAAUUCACUACUCUUUUGAAUGGGCACAGUCCAGAAGUUAAGUUAGUCCUAGUGCCUGUUUUGCAGUCGCCGUGAUUUUAUGUGGUGUGCUGAACCAGUGAGUGAUCGGUUGUAAGCCUUAACCUAGGGCCGAGCUCAGCCACAUAACGAGACAUUUUGUUUUCAUUGACUACUUCUGAAGAACUCAACGUUUUAGCUGUAUUGAGUACUUCAAAGAUAAACACGUUUGAUGACGACGAGAAGCAUGCUUUCACUGAACUUCCCGACACCAUUUGUUAUGCAGAAUGUCUCUGAGUGAGAUCGCGGUUUUUGCCUAUGAAUCUUCGGUGCACAGCACCAAUGUCUUGCUCAGCCUCAAUGACCAGCGGAAGAAGGACGUGCUGUGUGAUGUCACUGUCCUUGUGGAGGGCCAGCGGUUCCGUGCCCACCGAUCUGUGUUGGCGGCGUGCAGCAGUUACCUCCACUCGAGAAUCGUAGGACAGGCCGAUGCAGAGCUUAACAUUACUCUACCAGAAGAGGUGACAGUGAAAGGAUUUGAACCUUUGAUUCAGUUUGCCUACACUGCCAAACUGAUUUUAAAUAAGGACAAUGUGGAUGAAGUGUGCAAGUGUGUGGAAUUUUUAGGUGUACGUGACAUUGAGGAGUCUUGCUUUCAGUUUCUCAAAUUUAAAUUUUUGGACUCCACUGCUGACCAGCAAGAAUGCCUAAGAAAAAAAUGCAUCCCAUCACACUGUCAAAAAGCAGACCUUAAAUUUUCACUUUUGGACCAGAGGGAUUUAGAAAUUGACGAAGUGGAGGAGUUUUUGGAAAAUAAAAAUGUCCAGACUUCUCAGUGGAAACUACAUAGGUAUCAAGCAAAUGCAAAAGUAUCAUCUCCUCUACAAGACAGUGCCAGUCAAACCUGUGAAUCCAUGUGCUUAGAAAAAGAUGCUGCUCUGGCUUUGCCAUCUUUAUGCCCCAAAUACAGAAAAUUCCAAAAAGCUUUCGGCACUGACCGAGUCCGUACUGUGGAAUCCAGUGUCAAGGACGUUCAGGCUUCUUCUGUUCAGCCGAAUGAGACACCUGAAAAUGAGUGUCUGGGAAGAACCCAGGACUGCACAGAUCUGCAGGUGACUUUAAAAUGUGAAGAAAGUAAAUUAGCAACAGAACAUGAAGAAACCAAGAAGGAAGAUCCUGCUUCUCAUUGCCCAUCAGAAAAGUCGGAAGUGACUCCUUUCCCCCACAAUUCUUCUGCAGACCCUCAUGGACUCUAUUCUCUGUCUCUUUUACACACAUACGACCAAUAUGGUGACUUGAAUUUUGCCGGAAUGCAAAACACAGCAGUGUUAACAGAAAAGCCUUUGUCAGGUACAGAGGUUAAAGAGGAGAAAACAUUUGGUGAAAGUCAGGAUUUACAUUUGAAAUCUGACUCUGGCCCCAGGGAAGACAGUAGCCUCGCCUCUAGCGAUCGGAGUAGUGUGGAACGGGAAGUGGCGGAACACCUGGCCAAAGGCUUCUGGAGUGACAUUUGCAGCACGGACUCCUCCUGCCAAAUGCAGUUAUCCCCUGCUGUGGCCAAAGAUGGCUCAGAGCAGAUCUACUCGCAGAAACGGUCUGAGUGUCCCUGGUUGGGUAUCAGGAUUAGUGAGAGCCCAGAGCCGGGUCAGAGGACUUUUACAACGUUGAGUUCUGUCAACUGCCCUUUUAUAAGUACUCUGAGUACCGAAGGCUGUUCAAGCAAUUUGGAAAUUGGAAACGUUGAGUAUGUUUCGGAACCCCAGCAGGAACCUUACCCAUAUGCUUGUGUGAUUAGCUUGGGAGAGGACUCUGAGACCGAUACUGAAGGGGACAGCGAACCCUGUUCAGCCAGAGAACAAGAAUGUGAGGUAAAACUGCCAUUUAAUGCACAACGAAUAAUUUCACUCUCUCGAAAUGAUUUUCAAUCCUUGUUGAAAAUGCACAAGCUGACUCCAGAACAACUGGAAUGUAUCCAUGAUAUUCGAAGAAGAAGUAAAAACAGAAUUGCCGCACAGCGCUGUCGCAAGAGGAAACUUGACUGCAUACAGAAUCUUGAAUCAGAAAUUGAGAAGCUGCAAAAUGAAAAGGAGAGCUUGUUGAAAGAGAGAGAUCACAUUUUGUCCACGCUGGGCGAGACAAAGCAGAACCUCACUGGACUGUGCCAGCAGGUCUGUAAAGAAGCAGCGCUAAGUCAAGAGCAGAUCCAGAUACUUGCGAAGUACUCCGCUUCAGAUUGCCCGCUCUCACUUUUAAUUUCUGAAAAAGGAAAAAGUACUCCUGAUGGGGAACGUGUGUUACCGUCCCUUUUGAGUUUACCCGAGGGGCCCCCAGCACGGCCACCCACCUGCGAACCAGGCGCUUGCCACCCCGGUGCACAGAGCGGCGGGGCGGCGGGCUCUGCGCCCGGCCAGGAGCCCCGGGCCGCUGCCAGCACUGCGCCUGAGCAGGCCGGGCUCGGAGAACCGUGCCAGCCGGGGGGAGGCAUCUCUGAUUUCUGCCAGCAGAUGACGGAUAAAUGUACUACUGAUGAGUAAACUUGCAUUCACGUCCUUCACACCACUCAUCUACUGCAGUUUCAGUGUCUUAAAUGCAUAAUACAGCUUCUGUCUCUUAAUGAUAUUGUUUUUUGCCCCUGGUAGUUUGCUGGUAAGGGAAUUCCUCUGCAGUCAAUCCUGAUUUUUCUCUGAUUUCCAUGAGAUGCAGAAAUUACAUGCCUCCUGGAUCCCAAAAAACCACCUGUGAAAAAGCAGUAAGGCUUUAAAAGCUCAUGUUAUUAAGAAUAAUAACCGUGAGUAGUAACUUCCCAGCACGCAAAAUAAAUUUGAGAAUGAAAGCAGUGUACCAGUCAACAGUCUUGCAGCCUGAAACGUCUAUAGGGUUCCUCCUGAAGAAGGAGCCCGCAGAAGUGCUGUAAUCUGACCUUUCUGCACUACACUGGGUUUAACAGAAGAUGCCUGCCCGAGUCAUGCUGGUGGAGCUCAGUUCUGCCUCGAAGUCAGCUAACUGAGAAACACUCGUGUAGAAUCGCAGUGUGAGAACAACACCGUCUUUCCUGAAUCCUGGAGCUCUGCUCUUCUCCCACGGAAGCCAGGGAUUGGUCGGCCUACACCGCGACUGUUAACUUCCGCUGGAAAUAGGUAGGAGACAGCAGCAUGCGGGUGGCCUGGGGCAGAGGCUCCUGCUCUCCCUCGGUGUCAGCCUCAGCGAUUCUGGCUGCGUCAACAGGAGAGGUGUUGUGCUCCCUCCUUUCUUCCCUGCAGUCUCGACCACAUCUAGGUCCAUGACGAACAUCCUGACGUUCUCCUUUUCGAAGAAAGAGGACUUGGGAUACAGUGGCGUGAGGGAGGCGUUGGCAGCAUUGUUGUAGCCUCCCUAGACUCCCGGGGAAGUUUCCAGAAUCCAAGGCUGUCGGUCUUUCCAGCAGAGGUCACCGUGCGUCUUUCCACCGCGGGGAGAGAUGUCUGCUGACAGUGAUCAGGAGCAGCAGUUUGCUUUUCCUCCUAUUUUUGAAGCCCUGUGGUUUGCUUGUACAAAGCAUUAUUGUAGAUAAAAAUGUAUCUGCAAACAUAAAGGUUUGUGAAAUAGGAUGAAACUCAAUCUUGUUCCAUUGUGGGUUUGAAUUUGGGAACCAGAUUUAAUCUUUUUUCCCCAAAUCUGGUGUAUAAGGGCACACCAGUCAUUUUGACUUGGGCAUUUUGUAAUCGGUCCUUGCGUUCAUUCAGUCCUGUUUGAAAAUAAAAUUUUUAUAAUCUCAGCACGUACCCCAUAACAUUUUGCAGUGGUUCUUGGCCAUUCUGAUGUUACAGGCUUGUUUGAGAGUCAAAUAGACCUAUAGAUUAUGAACCUUCUCAACAAUUUUUUCUAAAAAUUGCAUAUAUUCACGUAGGCAGAAGCAUUUGUAGAGCGGAGUUUUAAAGGGUACACAGGAAUAAUUGACCGUGUUGGACUGGAAAGUACUGAAUUUCACCGAGAUCAGACACCCGAGAGGCUUUAACCGCUUGCAUUCUGAGUCUAGUGAAGUCACCUGGGUAGCUGACCCUGGAGACGAGCAUCCAAACUGCAGGAGGGAGUCUGAAGCAAGCAGACCUUUGUCCUGACAGCUUAAGGGGACCAGACUUACUACUUCCGAGUAAUUUUGUCAAAUGUUUAUCCUUUUCAAUGGGGAGGUGGGUGGUUGGGGGAGAUACUGCUAGUAUAUUUUCAGUGGUUGUAUGUUAUCUCUGUGACUGACUUAGUUGUAAGAGAAAACUAGUUGGGCUUGCUUAUUUUCUAGAGGCUUUUAUCAGUACCCUUAAGAACUCGUCAGGGAGAGUAAUUCUAUGAUAAUGCAUCCCAUGCUACAAAGACUUGUGUGUGUAUACCCUAUCUAUAUAAUAGCCCCAUGUAGCUAUUUCUUUGAUACUUGUAAUUUUAAAUUUUAACUUCAAAAUAUAAAAUAAUAUAAAAACUUUUCUGGUUUACAAACUGUAAAAUCUUAUACAAACCAGUGGAAUCCUUGAUUUCCUACCUCAGUGUACACUCAGCUGUUUGUCAUAUCAGUUUGUGUUUGUGCAAAUGUCACAUAACCUUUUGCUUUAACGGCUACUGUAAAUAACUGCUUUGAAAGGUUACUUAAUAUUUUAUGAUACAACCCAGUUGUCUCCAGAAUUUAAAUAUGAUUUUUAAGACACUUGGUUUAAAUUUCUCUCUGCAUAUAAACAGUUCAGCAUUAGGGGUUUAUUUUAAUGAUAUUCUGAUUAUUGGCCAACUGUAAUAUUUUGUAAAACAUAGCAUUACUUUUAAUAGCCAGCAUGUAAUACAAGUAACUACACUACCUCAUACCUACAUGAUUUUCAAAUUGUAAUACAGAGGGACAGAGAGAAAAAGAUUUUAUCUUUGUUUUUCGGCCAUAAGGUGGGGAAGUUUUCUAUAUAUUGCAUAGCAUUACACAUUUAUGCCUAUUUUAACAUUAACUUCUAAAGAAGUUUUUUCUAAGAAAGUUUGUUUUCAUUUUUUUUUUAAGGCUGCCGAAGAGGACAAAUGACAGGAUUAUGUAUAUACAGUGUAUAUCUUUUCCUUCAUGCAGAAUUUUGGAAAGGUUGUUUUCAGUUUGUAUAUGGCAUAUUUACGUGAUCAUUGUUCCUUAUUUUAUUAAUUGGCCUUCUCAGUGCUUGAUGAUUUUCAAGACAUUUAUGUCUGACUCAGUAAAGUAACAUUACCUUAAAAUUGCUUUCAUUGUUUGAAUUCUACAGCUAUGGCAAAUAAUCUGUUGAAUUGUUACAUCCAGAUCAAAUCCGGUUAUAAAUUAAAUCUUGGUUCUCCAGCUGUAAAUUUAAUAACAUGAUUUACUGUAGCUUAAUGCUUAACCAGUUUUAAAUAAGGAGUUAAAUAUAUUUGAUGCAGUAGACGAUACAGGUUGCAUGUGGACCCUUAGCCACAUUAACAACUUGGGAAAAAAAAUCAAACAAAUGGCAAUGCUAUAAUGAAUUCUCAGGUGAACUUUUUUCAGUUUUGAAACAUCUAUUUUGAAUCUGUAAAUAUUUUAAGUGUUUUAUUAGGCAUGUAAUAAACUAUUCUUUGAAAUCUAUUGGGCAGUUUGAAAAUUUAAAGCCAUAAUGGAAAAGUUGGCAUUCUGAUGGUGAAAUAAAUGGAAAUAAUAACAUCUAUUGAUUUUUUUGUAUCUUUCACAAUAUAAUUUUCUAAUAAUGCAAUAAAACCAUUAAAUUUAUAUAUCCAUUUCCUGUUAAGGUCAUGAUUCAUUAAAAGGCAACUUUUAUAGUAUUUAAUUUGCAUUCUUCUUCAAUGUGCUUAUCCAAAUGUAGCAAAACCAUAAAUGUUAGAUAUUGGUUGAUAAAUUGACAGAUAAUAAAAUUAUCUAAAAUUGCCUCUAAUUGAA